CUGACCUUAGUUCAUUCAGAUCAAUAAGCGAGUCAGAGUGGAGUGUGCGUGCGGGACCGUUUUCAUCGGUAGGACUGGCAAAGACUUUCUGUGUUUUCACGUGGAUCACUGGUGUCAGAGGGGAAACGACGACUCUUUUCAAUAGCUGGGACCUUUAGGUACGAACAUGUCUAUCCCGCAGCUCGGGUAUAAGUAUGUAAGACCGUUAUACCCCACGGAGCGCCACGGGGUAGUCGCUGGCCGUGUCAGUACAGAGUUGAACCCGUCCGGCACCCUCUCCAAUGUGUUGUCGAGCAUGUAUGGAUCGCCAUUCAGCGCCACCCAAGGAUACAGUGCUUUCCUUCCAUACUCCGGUGACGUUUCGGUAUUGAACCAUCUGACCACUCCAUACGAGAUGAAAGACAGCCCAGGUAUGCAGCACCCUGGAUUUGCUCAUGCCCACGCGCCUUUUUUCCCCUAUGGGCAGUAUCAAUUCGGAGACCCGUCACGACCAAAAAAUGCCACUCGCGAAAGUACGAGCACUCUGAAGGCCUGGUUAAGUGAGCACAGGAAAAAUCCGUAUCCCACAAAAGGCGAGAAAAUUAUGCUGGCCAUCAUCACCAAAAUGACGCUAACCCAAGUGUCCACCUGGUUUGCGAACGCGAGGAGGAGGCUGAAGAAGGAGAAUAAAAUGACUUGGGUACCAAAGACUCAGACGGACGAGGAGGGAAAUGUUUAUACAAGUGACAACGACGGUGAGGAGGAAGAUAAGAGAGACGAUGACGAGGAAAUCGAUUUAGAGAACAUCGAUACCGAAAACAUCGAGAACAAGGAGGAUUCAGAUUAUCGGGAUGAUUUUAAAUCGGAAUCGAAGGUAACAGGCGGGAGGGAUUCAGAUACGUCCGAUGAGUUUGAGGACACAAAAGAACGCGAUAAAAGUUUUAUAAACAGCGUCACGAAAGACGGCGCAGACACUGGCGCAGAGCGGGGAAGGGAUGACAGAAGCAAAACCCCCGCACCCGAGCCUUUGGGUAACAUAAACCCACCACAAAAACCCAAAAUUUGGUCUUUGGCUGAAACUGCAACAACGCCGGAUAAUCCAAAAAAGUCCCCACUGAUGAACAGGAACUAUGAUCCGGCACCACAAACAACCAUGUCCCCCAGGAGUCCUCUCCAGUGCUCGGUGGGGAACGUCCAGAACUGGACAAAAAUGGCAUUUUCAGCUCACCAGAUCGCAUUAACAAACCAUUACCUAGGACUUAAACACCCGGCCUCCGUGAGCAGCCAUAUGUUUAACAAACAUGCAGACGGAAGGACUCAUAUCUUAUGAUCAGUUUCGUAUAAAAUGCACAGUGAACUAAAUAUUUUUUCUUAAUGUUUUGAUAUUUUCCAUUUUCCUCAUGGAAACGUAAUACAUAAUUUUCACACCAUGAAUAGUGAUUUUCUUGAAGAAAAUAAGUGAAAAUUAUAUUGUUUUUUUGUUUUGUUUUGGUUUUUUUUACAUAAACGAGACAUUGAAUUUGUAAUUGAUGGAUGUUGCUUAGCACUUCCCUUAAUAUGAGAGUAUAACAGAGUAAAUGUUUAUAUUGCUAACUUAUAAACAUUUUCAUCGUGUUUAUUUAUCUGAGGCAUUUGAUCAUGCGUUAUCACGUAAAGUGUGUGCUACGAAAAUGUUUAGGUCAGAAAUAACACUACAUCACAACUUAAUUAAAAGUCGUUUUCUAGCAAGAUGACACGAUAUAGGAAAUUCACCCACGUUUCUUUCAGCUAUCUGGUACGAAAAGAGAACAGUGCCUUUUAACAAAGACUAAUAAGUUCGGAAUUCCCCCGUAGCAGGACUCACGCACACUAAUAUUCUCCAACUAAACGUAUUUUGAGCCGCAUCCCAUAGUUAUGCGUUGUCUUUACCCCACUUCAUCGCAAUAUUUUGCUUUCUUUUUUCCAUAAAUCAUCAAUGACUGUAUUUUUGUUUGUACUUAUUUUUCUUAGUUCACAGCUGUAGUUCAGUUUUUAAAAUUAAUAGUUUUCAACACAUAUUUGGUAACACAUUUUACACGUACAUCAAUUUAUCAUAUGUCUUGAACAUAUGUUGUAUUAAGAUAAAAAAAACCAAGUCGUUGCUUUUAUUACUGGUGUAUAUAUU